AUGGUUGGUAAAAAAUUUACUGAUGCUGAAAAACUUCAACAUCUAGAAAAUCUAUGGACACCAGGUAAGAACUCAGUAUUUCCUUCUACUCAGCAUGGCAAAAAACAAUUAAAAUUUCAAUUUGGAUGGUUAGAAAAUUGGAAAUGGCUAGCUUAUAGUAAAAUUGAAGACGGUGCUUACUGCAAAUAUUGUGUGCUUUUUUCCAAAUAUAGAGGUGGAAAGGGUAGUCAGCUAUUAGGCCAGCUUUGCACCGAACCUUUUAACAAAUGGAAACACGCUUUAGAAAAGUUUUCUACGCACGAAAAAACUAACUACCAUCAAAAUAGUGUAAUAGAUUUUCAACAAAUUUCGUCAAUUGUUACAGGAAAAACAGAUUCUGUUUACCAUCAAUUAAACAAAAGUGAAAAAAUCCAGAAAGAAAAUAAUCGAAAAAUAAUAAUCCCUGUUAUUAAUUCGGUAAUAUUGUGUGGUAGGCAAGGCAUAGCUCUAAGGGGUCACCGCGAUUCUGGACCACUUAAUAUAGAUGAACCAUUAUUAAAUGAAGGCAAUUUUAGGUCAUUAUUAAGAUUUUUUCUUAAGGCUACUACUUUAUCUGGUGAUGAAAGUUUUAAGUUAGCUAGAGAAAAUUGCACCGAUGAAACGGCUGAUAUAUCAGGUGUUGAACAAUUCGCUUUAUGUGCUCGUUAUUAUGACGUGAACGAAAAAAAAAUGUGUGAGAGUUUUUUAAAAUUUGUUCCAGUGGAUGAUGUUAGUGGUCAAAGCUUAGCAAAUCAUAUUAUUACUGAGUUAAAAGGCUUAAAUAUUGAAAUCAAAAAUCUACGGGGUCAAGGUUAUGACGGUGCCGCCAGUAUGAGUGGGAAAUUAAAUGGUGUUGCAGCUUUAAUUAGAAAAGAAUAUCCGAGUGCAUUGUACAUACAUUGUAGUGCUCAUAAUCUCAAUCUGUCAGUAUCAUAUGCUUGCAAUAUUCAAGGAAUAAGAAACACUAUGGAAACGUUCAAUGAAUUUUUCCCUGCAAUUAUUUAUUGCUUGGAAGAAAUGAUUACAUGGAAAGAUAUUGAUACAUCGAGUAAAGCUAAUCAACUGCUUUUGGCAUUGCAAUCUUCUGAAUUUAAUGUAGCCCUCAGUAUUCUCAACCACAUUUUUCAGUAUACACAGUCUCUUUGCAAAUAUUUACAAAGUAAAAAUAUUGAUUUGGUGGUAGCUGUUAAUCAUAUUAAUCUAGUAAAAAAUCAAUUAAGUUGUAUAAGGGAAAACGCCACUACUGAAUUUAACAAAUUAUUUAUUGAUAUUAAUAAAAGAUUAAACGAUUUUGAACUUACUAUUGAAAUGCCUAGAUUAGCUAAGCGUCAAAAAUACCGAGACAAUAUUCCGACAAAAGAUCCCGAAGAAUAUUUUAGAAUCACUUUAUUUCUACCGUUUCUUGAUUCGUUUGUACAACAAUUAAACGAUCGUUUUGUUAAUCAUCAAAACAUAAUAUCUGGAUUUCAAAUGUUUGUUAAAAGCUCAGAGUUUGAUGAAGAAAAACUAAGAGAACUUGUUGAGUUUUAUGCUAAAGAUGUUGAUGAUUUUGAUCGAGUGAAAUCAGAAACUAUUUUAUGGAAUCGCUAUUUGACUGACAGUAAUAAACAAUAUAAUAGUGUAAUUCAAAUACUUAAUGAAUGCAAUCCAGAUUUAUUCCCAAAUAUAUAUAAACUAUUACAAAUACUUAUCACACUUCCUAUUACUUCAUGUGAAGCGGAGAGAUCAUUUUCCACACUUAAAAGGAUCAAGAGUUACUUAAGAAAUUCCACAUCAGAAAGAAGACUCAAUGGAUUAGCUGCCCUCAAUAUCCACUACGAAGUCAAUGUAACACCAGAGGAAGUAAUAAGUCAUUUAAGCUCUACAAAACAUCGUUUAGAUUUCAUCUUGUAA